ACAAAGCGCACCCAAAAGGAAAUACGACGACGGGUGACUCGCAACGACGAAAGGCGAGAUUCGUAAUAAUUUUAAUCAUCGUCUCUUUGGUGUACAUUUUUUUUUCGUGCGCUGAUAAAAUUGCCGACCAGAAACGGAUUAGUGAACAUUUCAGCAGGUUAAAGUGCGACUCAAGGACCAAGCAAGCGGUGGAGUGUGGAGGAUAUUCGAUACCCACCCGGAGGAGGCUGCAAAGAAACGAAAAAAUUCCAUCGCAAGAAGCACAAAUCGAGAUCCUCCCUUUUGGCUGCCAGGCUGACUUUUGCCUUCCUUACUGAGCAGGAGUGAGAGGGAAGGAAAACAAUCCACCAACGCCUACCGGAGAAGGUCAGACAAGGUAGACAAGCAAAGCUACUGUGCACAAUGGCCAAGAAGACAUACGAUCUGCUGUUCAAGCUACUGCUGAUUGGAGAUUCCGGAGUUGGCAAAACAUGCAUCUUGUUUCGUUUCUCCGACGAUGCAUUCACUUCUACUUUCAUCUCCACAAUCGGCAUUGACUUCAAGAUCAAAACGAUCGAACUGCGUGGCAAAAAGAUCAAGCUCCAGAUCUGGGACACGGCCGGUCAGGAGCGAUUCCACACGAUCACCACCUCCUACUAUCGGGGUGCAAUGGGGAUAAUGCUGGUGUACGACAUCACCAAUGAGAAAAGUUUCGACAACAUAGUGAAGUGGUUGCGAAAUAUAGACGAGCAUGCCAACGAGGAUGUGGAAAAAAUGAUUCUGGGGAACAAAUGCGACAUGACAGAUAAACGCGUCGUCAGCAAAGAACGAGGAGAGAGUAUCGCCCGCGAGCAUGACAUCCGCUUCAUGGAGACGUCCGCCAAGGCGAACGUCAACAUCGAGAAGGCAUUCCGGGAGCUGGCCGAAGCGAUUCUGGACAAAACCGCCGGCAAGGAGACGACCGACAAUCCCGACCGGGUGGUUGUCAACCGUGCCCCCGGCGACAAACCACCCGCCUACAAGGCCUGCUGCGCGUAGAAUGGUUGACCGGGAGGAGGCCAAUGGUGGCAUCAAUUCGCUUAUGAUACCCUCUACAAUCUACAACUGCUCGCACGCUUUCAUCAUCAUCAUCUGUGUGGGUGUAAUCUAGAGAAGAAUGUUUUUUUUUGUCUUACGUUUUUAAGCUCUAUUUUUAUAACUGGUUGAGAGUCGGGGGUCAGGUGCGAAUACUUACACAAAUCACGAGGUAAAGCAAAGAAACGUCUAUUGUGGAGUCGUAGAUCAAAAUUGGAUGAGCAUUUGGAGAACGUAAGUAAGUGUUACGUUCACUCUAAAGAAAGUUGUUUUUUGCGGUCAUAUACUGACAUAAGCAGAGAUUCUGGUAUAUCUAAAUUAGGAUGGAAGCGUAAAAUGAUUUUAGGUUGCAGUCAAGUUCUAAUUAUUUUCGUUCUAUGUAGGAAGGCUUCUAUGUAGUAUUUUAGUUUGUACGUCGCUGAUACAUGCACGACCGCCAAUUAUGUAAAACAAUGUUUUCUAACAGUCGCCGGAUACUUCCAUUUUAGGGAAGCUUUAAACUAACUAAUCAAUGUAGCAGCGUUUGUUGUAUUUGUCGGAAUAGAAAAGCAAGAACGAAUUAAAAAUUAUGUCUGGUCAGAUACUAAA